UAUUUUCUUAAAAGACUGCAUUACGUGUUCGAAUAACUUGCUUGUAGUUUUUGUAUCACAUUAAAAAAUAGAGAAAAAGUGACUGGUAGGAUUGUGUCCAGAAAGUUGUCGAAAAUAUUUGAAUAACUGUUUUUUAGUUGAUAUAUUUGGACAUAACAUAUUCAGUAUUUCUGAAUAUUAAGAAAUGGCCAAGUGGGGUGAAGGAGAUCCAAGGUGGAUUGUCGAAGAAAGGCCCGAUGCUACUAACGUCAACAAUUGGCAUUGGACGGAAAAGAAUGCCUGUGCCUGGUCCCAGGAGAAAUUAAAAGAGUUAUUUACCAACAUGAAGAUAGAAGGAGAUGAAGUUUCAUGUACAGUAACAGAAGUAGAAAAAUGUGAGGGUGAGGCAACGGCAAAUAAUAGGAAAGGUAAAUUAAUUUUCUUCUAUGAAUGGAAUAUUAUAUUAAAAUGGAUAUUCAAUGGAAAAUCCGAUAAGAAGAUUGAGGGUAAAAUAAACAUUCCAAAUAUGUCUGAGGAGAAUGAUAUUUCUGAAGUAGAUAUUGAAAUUACAUUAAAAGAUAGUACGGAUGAGGGUGAAAUGGUAAAGCAUUUUUUACAUACAAAAGGCAAGAAUAUUGUUAGAGAAAAACUCAAACAAUAUGUCUCAUCUUUAAAAGAAGAAUUCACAGUCGGAAUGAUUCUACCCAAAAAAGAUAAUCUAAAAGAAAAUAUUUCAAAUAUAACUUCUGGAUUCAAUGCAAAAAUGCAAAUGAAUUCCACAGUGGUGCCGUCAAGUAAUAGGAAAGAAUUAGGAUGCAAAAUAUCGACGACGACCAUCAAGCAGCAACAGAAAUUGCAGUGUAGAGCGGAGGAAUUUUAUAAUGUUUUUACGACAAUUGAGAUGGUUCAAGCAUUCACGAAAGGACCAGUAAAACUGGAGCCAAAGAGAGGUGGGAAGUUUGAGUUAUUUGGUGGUAACAUACACGGUGACUUUGUGGAAAUUACACCCACAAGAAUCGUUCAAAGAUGGCGUUGUAAACAGUGGCCCGAUGAACACUUUAGUGAUGUCACUAUUGAUAUCUCGGAAAAAAAUGAUCAUACCGAAGUUACUUUAACGCAAAUAGGUGUACCACUUAGCGAAGAAAAUUCAACAAAGGAGAAUUGGGAAAGAUAUUACUGGGAUGCUAUAAAACGUACAUUUGGAUUUGGCUAUUUUAUGUGAUCUAUGUAUAUUUUAAACUUCGCUUGCGUAUUGAUAAGUAGAAAAAUGAUUGAAACGUGUAUUAUCGUACAUCGCCUCGCGUAUCUUAUACGAAUUAGCCACAUGAUAAUCACCCUCAUACAAAUGGAGUUUCCUUUGAAUGCUGAUUACUGGAAUUUUUGUUUUCCCUUUCUUCAACCUCUUCUAUUUACUACACUGCAUCAUAUGAGCAGGACACAUCAUGUCAUUGUUUACAGUUGAAGUAUCGCAAAAGUGACAUGCCUGUAUUAAUAGUUGUAUAUGUCAAAUAAAUCAUGUCCGAUACUCAUGUCCUGUUUCUUUCGUUGUUAUUAGAUCUUUAGUUUUCACAUAAUUUUAUUGUUUCCAUAUUACAACUGCAGAUGUUAUGUAUUUAUGUGUGAGUGUGUAAAUAUCGUUGAAAUAAAACCCU